CUUCGGCCAAAGUCGUUUUCCGCAACAAUAGCCGACCGUUGCUUCAGACAUAAACACGUCUCGAAGCAAGUCGACGACCCCUAGAACCGUCAACAUGGCAACUAUGGCAUCUGCUGUCCGCGAUAUCGCGAUGACCUACGGCCGAGACAACUUAACUGCUGUAGCGGCCCGGAGUGUCCCUGUGGCAACCCACCCGACCAACCUCCCUACUCCUCCGAACUCCAUAUCGCCCUCGCUGCCUCCUCACGGGCUCAAGGCCCAGCUGCAGCGGGCGCGCCUCGACUCGAUCGACUCUGACCUGGAACUGCUGGAUGCUGGCGGAGACGAACAUGACGCCGGACUCGGGUCGCCCCCAUACGACUCGGCCGGCGCCAUCACCUCGGCCAUGCUGGCCAAGUUCCACCUCCCCGAGAUCCUGCUGAAUCACGGUCCGCUGCCGAUCCGACAUUUGAUGGGCUACCUCACCACUUCGGUGCCGGGCUUCGCGGGCAUUCCCCCGGCGAAGGCGCGCAGGCUGGUUGUGGGGGCUCUGGAAGGGAAAGGGUGCGGGAAUGAGGGUGGCGGGCUGGAUGGUGGCGUGGAGUUCAUCAAGGUGGGCUGGGGCCGUUGGGAUGCGAGGCAGCGCGGCCAGCCUGCGCGAGAGUCGCGGUCUCGCCAUGCGUCGCCCGGCGCCCACCCCAACGGCAUUCCCAUCACCAAAACCCCUGGGUGGAGCACCGACCGAUCACGACUCGGGGCAAACUUCGGAUCAAGCUUGGGCGGGUUCUCGGCCGCCUUCUCCCACGACGACCGCUACAUGGACAUGGACAUGAUGGACCACGAAGCCGACAAGAUGUCGCUCGACGGGUCCGCCUCGGCGUCGUGCUCCGAGGCGCCAGACGAUGACGACGUACGGAGGAACAACGACGACCCGGAGGAUGCAACAGACGAUGAGGACUGGGCCGCCGUCGGCGCGGCCGCAUUACGUGCGUCGUCGUACCAAGCCCGGUCGAACCAACAACACUUUCCUUUCAGCACUGUACAUACUUUGGGUGGCGGCGGCAUACGGUCGUUCUCGGCGGGCAUGGCGCGCCCGCCACAGCUCAGCCCCCCGCCUAACUUCAACAUUCCGGCAUCGGCGUUUGGAGCCAUGGCCUCGGACGCACAGGAGCGCGAGGCCGUGGAGGCUCUUCUUCGCCUUGGAUCAAUGUAACACCAACAAAACAUUAGCAACACUUAGUGCAUGGCAUGGCAUGGCAUGGGCUCGGCGUUUUCAACAAAGGGACAGGGCAUCAUCUCGAUUUAUCAUGAUUAUUAUUUCUGGCACCAACCACCAUCGCCGGGCGUGGAGGGGUUAUUUGGGUUAUAGGUUUCUGGUUCUAAGGGGGCCGGCUGGCUU